CGGACAUAAUCAACCACAUCAUACGGAAAAGUAUGAUGACUCUCCUCUUUCUCUCCUUCGAGCACGAAAAGUGUUUUUCCUCGGGAGACAAGCCAUUUACAUUCGAGACAAGACGUUUUUCGUUGUCUCUCAAACAUCCACCAGUCCACCGGUGUUUGUCGAUCUACUCCGUGUUACCCGGCAGUAUCCCGCAGUACGUGCUUAGUGAUCGAGCGUAGAUUGUUAUUGCGAGCAUCAUUUCCUAACCCAGUUACUCACAAUUCUGUGCUUCUUAUACCGUUAUGCUCCUUCUGUUCGAGUAGUUCAGUGACGUCGUUCUUAGCAUGUGCGAAGGUUCUUUGUUAUACUUGAUAGAGAACCGUACAAAAGUGACUCAUGGUGUGAUGCAUAUCAUUCCAACGUCCAACUUCUGUCGACUGUGUCCGCACUUUGUUUUAAUUGAUCAAGGGAGUGGAGGAUGGAUGCAGCUGUUGUUUAUUGAUUCUUCGGUGUUUGCAUAUCCGAUUUUCUGCCUCACCAGCAUUAUUCGAUAGCGAUCGAGGCGAGGCAGAUACUCGAUCUCAAUGUGACCACCCAGAUGUGUGAUCGAGCGCGCAGCGCACUCUACUCGUGGUGAUCUUACGCGCAACUGAGAGCUGAGUUAAGGUUGAUGACAAAAUCAACGUCGUACUAUCGUAUCGUGCGGAUAGAAAGGCAGUGAGAAAACGGUGCGCUAGAGUGGCCUUGGGAUGUUCCGUCAUCAAACAAUGUCAAAGAACCUGUGUGUCAUGCCGUGUGUUUGUGUGUUCUAGUGGAUUGAUUGAAUGGCGUCUUAGCAUUGACGCUUGUCUAGCAUGUUACCAACCCCAAGUGAUCCACUUAUCUACUUGAGACGUCAUAUUCGUUGAAAAAAAUGUGUUUGUUCUCCUCAAUGAACUUGUGGCCCAAGCCAACAAACAUUAACCAGUGAUCUGCUUCCUAUGUAUAAUUAAAAAAAAAGCCUGUACCUUCCUCUAGAAGAAUCGCUUAUCUGCGGCAGACCUGUUGCCUCAAGUUCCGAACCCGAAGCACAACAGCUAGCAGCAGGCGGCGACCAGAAGUAAAUUCGAUUUCAGCUUGUCCAGCCGGUGCCGGUCUCUAUAGAGAAUCCACACAACGACAAACGCAUCCGAUAAGCGCGGGUCCCGGUCCCGCGGUCGCGGGUUUUCGCCGUCGAAGCCAAACGCCAGCGACGCCUAGCGCGGUGUGUGCGUGCCGUCUAUCGCAUGCGUCGUCGAGUGCAACUGUUUGUAUGUGAAUUACGGCCGAAAACUCAAACAUUUGGAAAUCGGGGCGCCUUCCACAACCAGCAAGACAUCGGGAUAUACGGACCCAGAGACCGAUGAUUCGCAGUAUCUACGCAGCCGCGCUCGUGUACUGAACCUCCUCGCACUCGAACGGUGCCCUCGCGUCCGUCUUUUACGUGUCGAAUGUCCUGUUAGUUCCUGUACGUGUGCCAAAAUGCAGAUCGAGUGGGCACCACUGAAUGUGCCGAUGAGGCGGCGGCUCGAAACCCUCGCCACGGCCUUGUGGAUGUGGUUGAUCCUGUUCGGUGAGCUCGGAAUGCUCAUCUCGUACUUUCUCAUGCUGAUCUACGGUAAUUUGUUCAUCAAAACUCUUUGCCUGAUCUACGGCUACUUCAUCUACACCGAUCGCAAGAUCACGCUUAACGGAGGCCGCGGACAAGGGGUAAAAUGGUGGCGCGAUCUUUUCUGGUGGCGACUGUACCAAAGCUACUUCCCAGCCAAACUACACAAGACGGUCGAUCUCGAUCCGAACCGGAACUACCUUUUCGCCGCCUUUCCACACGGAGUUCUCGGGCUUGGAGCAUUCAUCAACUUUGCCACCAAUGCGACGGGUUUCCACGAUAAGUUCCCGGGAUUACGAUCGCGCCCGGUGACGCUGAAUUUUCAUUUCGUGAUACCCUUCUUCCGUGAGGUGCUGCUGAGCUGGGGUCUCGUUUCCGCUAACUCGGACAGCAUCUUGAGCCUGCUGAAGGCUUCCAACAGUCCUAACCAUCCACUGAAUGCCGACGGUUUCACGGGUAAUUGUGUUGCGAUUGUGGUUGGCGGUGCCGCCGAAUCGUUGCACUGUCGGCCAAACAACUACACGCUCGUGCUACGCAAACGGAAAGGAUUCUGUAAGCUCGCCAUCCGGGCCGGCACACCGCUGGUACCGGUAAUGACCUUCGGUGAGGUCGAUCUGUUCGAUCAACCACCGAACCCACCCGGUUCGAAGUUGCGCCGUUUCCAGGAGUUUGUGAAAAACACGACCGGCAUUGCACCGGCCGCCUUCGUGGGCCGUGGUUUCUUCCAGUAUAGCUACGGAUUGAUUCCGCGCCGGAAACCGCUAAACACCGUCGUCGGAGCACCGGUAGAAGUGGAGCAGAUCGAUAACCCAACGAACGAGCAGGUCGAUGAGGUGCAUGAUCGGUUCUGCCGGGCGCUCGAUCAGCUAUUUGAAACCAACAAAUCACGCUUCAUUGCUGACCACAAGAACGUGAAGCUGGUGCUGGAGUAAGAAGCUGCAAGGAAUCCUUUGCUGGUACGAAGGAUAGACUAUAAUUGAGACUGGUUACAAAUGAUAACGAUGGAAGAGUGUACCCACGGCAAGGUACAAGGCCAUAUAUGACACUAAACCCCCCGCCCAGUGGUUCAAAUAUAGCCGAUCCAAAAGGGAACAGCGCUUCGGGGAGUUUCUAGCUAGAACGAUUAGAAAGUGAGGGGCUGGUUUACAGGUUCUUGUGGUGAUUUUUUUUUUUGUUUUUCUUCUUCAUAAGCAGCAGUAGAAAUCAUUUAUUCGUUUCGUAGAUCCAUUGUGAUGUGAGGUGUGCCAUUAGGACCGCCAACCACCAGGGGGUUUCCUAUUUGUUUCCUCUUUUCAAAUUAGUCCCCGUUUUGUGUGUUUUGCCCAAAGAAAUCCCGCCUUAUUCAUUUUUGUUAAAGAUUUAUGUAUAUCCCUAGCUUGUAAGAUGUCGUAGCCCUUUUUGCUGGGCUAUCGGUUGUGGGGGACGAGAUCGUGUAAUAAAACAAAUUUAUCAGAUCGCAUAA